GCUAAAGUUAGACGAGGCGGCGGUGGGGUAUAUAAGCCCCCCGGGGGUGGCGGACAAACGCGGCUUCACCCUCUCCUCUCUUUCUUCAUCGUCCCAACCUCCGAUCAAAGCUUCUCAAGAUGGCACCUAAGAAGGCCAAGAGGAGGCAGGCAGCCGGAGACAGCGGUUCCUCCAACGUCUUCUCCAUGUUUGAGCAGAGCCAGAUUCAGGAGUACAAGGAGGCCUUCACAAUCAUCGACCAGAACAGAGACGGCAUCAUCAGCAAAGAUGAUCUGAGGGACGUGCUGGCCUCGAUGGGCCAGCUGAACGUGAAGAAUGAGGAGCUGGAGGCCAUGAUCAAGGAGGCCAGCGGCCCCAUCAACUUCACUGUCUUCCUCAACAUGUUCGGAGAGAAGCUGAAGGGCGCUGACCCCGAGGACGUCAUUCUUAGCGCUUUCAAGGUCCUGGACCCCGAGGGUACCGGAACCAUCAAGAAGCAGUUCCUGGAGGAGCUCCUGACCACUCAGUGCGACAGGUUCUCCAAGGAGGAGAUCAAGAACAUGUGGGCCGCCUUCCCCCCAGAUGUCGCGGGCAACGUGGACUACAAGAACAUCUGCUACGUCAUCACACACGGAGAGGAGAAGGAAGAGUAAAGGACAAGAGAAGAAGAUCAGAAGAAAGACGACUAUCCCUUCGCUUUCUCUGCCCUUCAUCCCCUCCUUCCUGUCUUCCCUCCCUCCGUCCGUCCCACAAGUUUUGCCCUCCGUGUUGAUCCGUGGGGUGCCCCCCUCCCUCGCUACCACCACCAGCUUUCUGGUUCCAAGCAAAGACUUGUCCAGCUCGACACGCUUCACGGGGCUCACGAGAUGUCUGUGUUGGCUUACGGGGAACAGGGGAUGCUUUUCAAUAAAAUGACAAUGUAACAUCAUGUGACCACUCCAACCAUUUUUCUUUCUUUGUGUCAACUCACCUCCUAGUGGCCCUCUUGCCUUGACAGGAGCCCACUGGAGGAGAGGAGCAGACCACCUGAGGGCCUCAUUCCCAUUCUGAAGAGGUCCUCUUGGCUAGAGAAAAAAAGAGUGCAAGUGUAAUAGUUGGAGAUGAUGUACGUGUCUCCUUUAAGUGAGGAUAUGUCAGAAGGUAAGGAGAGAAAUGGCCGAAAGAAAACGUCUUCGAUUACUUUCUCUCCUCGCCUUCCUGAGUGGUCCACUCUUCCUCUGUAAACUCAACGACGCCUCCUCGCCUUCCUCUGUAAUGAAUAAAAGGGACAAACUGUGAAUAAAAACCUCUUUCUUUUUGUACAA